UGGAUGGAUAAAUUUGUUACUGACCAUCCCAAUGAGCAAUUCCUCAUCGUUGCAAUCAGGGAGUGACUGGGAUUUAGAUUCAGCCCGCCGAGUUUUUGCUUCAAUCCAAUUCGAAUAUCAAUCCUUUGUUUUCUUCUUCCUCGUUGUUCCCAACAUUACAUAAACCUUCUUCAUCCAUUCUUCGCUCUUUCAAAACCCUAAAACAUACAGACAUCCAUGGCCGCUCCUACCAAGGACCAAGCCCUCUCUCUUCUCGCUACGGCCAACAACCACGGCGACCUUGCCGUUAAAACCUCGUCGCUCAAACAAGCAAAGGACCUUCUUCUCUCCAUCGACCCCUCUCUCGCCGCCGACCUCUUCCCUUACUUGCUUGGGCUUCAGUCUUCUCCCGAAAGCCUCGUUCGCAAAUUGCUCAUUCAGAUAAUCGAGGAGAUUGGUUUUAGAGCAGUUGAGCACUCUCCUACGCUGAUAUCUGUACUAUUAACAUUUUUACGAGACAGUGAUGUAAUUGUUGUAAAGCAGUCUAUUGUUAGUGGCACAAAUAUCUUUGGUAGUGUUUUUGAGGAGUUGAUUGUGCAGUUUCAACAAAAUGGUAAAGUUGAGAGGUGGCUAGAAGAUACUUGGAUCUCAAUGCUUAAGUUUAAGGAUGCUGUUUUUGGGAUUGCUGUGGAGCCUGGUUCUGUUGGAAUAAAGUUGCUGGCACUGAAAUUCCUUGAAAUGUUUGUAUUACUAUUUGCAUCUGACAUCAGUGAUUCUGAGAAAUUAGCCACAAAAGGAGGUAGACAAGCUUUUAAUGUGUUGUGGUUGGUUGGUGGUCAUCCUCACCCUGUUCUUGAUCCAGUGGUGCUCAUGUCAGAAGGAAAUAGGACUCUUGGCAUUCUAUUAAAUUUAUUGCAGUCUGUUGGCACUCUUCCUGGUUGCUUGACUAUUACUGUUGUAAAUUGUUUAGCAGCCAUUGCAAGAAAAAGGCCACAGCACUAUGAUACUAUUCUUUUAGCAUUGCAUGAAUUUGAUCCAAAUGUUCAAACAGCGAAGGGAUGUCACGUUGCUAGUAUUCAGUACUCCUUAAGAACAGCUUUUCUGGGAUUUCUUAGGUGCACUUAUUCACCAAUACUAGAGUCAAGAGAAAGACUAACAAGGAGCCUGCGAGCUAUGAAUGCAGGGGAUGCUGCAGAUCAGGUGCUUAGGCAAGUUGACAAAAUGAUUAAAAAUGGUGAUCGUCCUACUCGUGAUGCACGAGUUAACAAGGAUGAACAACCAUCAAUUCAGUCAUCUGUUUCAGGGGAAUUAUCUAGAAAAAGACCUGUUCCUCUAGAUAAUGAACAAAUGACCAAUGGUCAUGAAACCAUAUCUAAACGGAUUCGUUCUGGUGCUGACUCUCAGUCUACUUUACCAGCUAAAAUAAAUGAUCCUGGACAAGAUCCUAACUCUGUUAAUGGAGUAUCACCUAAUGUUCCUUUGCUAGAUAGUGAAAUGACUGCUGUAGAGCAAAUGAUUGCUAUAAUUGGUGCUUUACUUGCUGAAGGAGAGAGAGGUGCCGAAUCUCUUGAGAUCCUCAUUUCAAAGAUUCAUCCUGAUCUACUGGCUGAUAUUGUCAUAACUAAUAUGAAGCAUUUGCCUAAGACUCCCCCACCACUGUCAAGGAUUGGGAAUUUACCAGCAACACGACAAUUAAACUCCCAAGUCAGUCAAUCACAUGUUAUAGCAACUUCUGUUCCAAUAAAUUCUGUCCAAUCCGUGUCUGGUACUGGCCAAGCUGUGUUGCCUUCAACUACGGCCACUGUUAUUGGCACUAGUUCAUUGCCGUCUGACACUUCUAUCUUCAGUAACCUGCCUGCUGAUUCUAAACGUGAUCCUCGGCGGGAUCCCCGUCGCCUUGAUCCCCGGCGUGUUGUGGUAGCUCCUGGAGGAGCAACUGUAUCAGUUACAGAUGAUAAUGGGGCCACAAAAAUUGAGUUUGAUGAACCUGUUUCUUCAAUUAAACCUGUUUCACUUCCUGUCGUUACUGCUGAUGACAAUACUCCAUCAGAUUUAACAGUCAAAAUAAAAAAUGAUGAUAUGAUCUCUAAAGGUGCAGCUGAUCAGGUAACUCCUAAAACAGAGGUUCAGGAAAGGCCUGGAGAUAUUCAUCAGAUUGCAGAAGCAGAUACUUCCUUUGGUCCUUCAGUCUCAUCCACUGAUUUAAGAGAGGAGGAUCCGAGUUCAGUGAAUAUGUCAGAUGAAAUUGAAGCAAUUGGUACAGAUUCAUCAUCUAUUUCAGAGUUUGAUCAGUUUUCUCUUGAUGUUCAAGUUGAACCCACAUUGGAAGAUACCUGUCUGGAGUUACCACAGCUUCCACCUUAUGUUGAACUAUCCAAAGAACAGCGACGUAUAGUGAAAAACAUGGCUGUUAGGCACAUAAUCAAUUCAUACAAACAUUUACAUGGAACAUAUUGUCAGCAGUUUUGGAUGCCACUACUUGCUCGACUAGUUGCUCAGAUUGACGAUGACGAAGAGUUUAUUAUGAUGCUGCAAAAACACAUCUUGGAAGACCACUGGAUAAAGGGACAUGAACUUGUACUGCAUGUUUUGUACCAUCUGCACUCCCUGAUGAUAUUCGAUUCAGUUGAAAAUGCUUCAUCUUCUGCUGUUUUAUAUGAAAAAUUUCUCUUGGGAGUGGCCAAAACUUUAUUGGACUCUUUUCCAGCUUCAGACAAGUCUUUUAGUAGACUUCUUGGUGAAGUUCCACUUUUGCCUGAGUCGUCCUUGAAGAUUUUGAAUGAUCUCUGCUAUUCUGAUGUUAUUGGUCAUGAUGGAAAAGUUAUCCGUGACAUUGAACGUGUGACUCAAGGCCUUGGUGCUAUCUGGAGUUUAAUUUUGGGGUGUCCACAAAAUCGCCAAGCCUGCUUGGGAAUAGCAUUGAAGUGUGCUGUCCACCCACAGGAUGAGAUUCGAGCUAAAGCUAUUCGGCUGGUUACAAACAAGCUCUUUCAGCUUAGUUACAUAUCAGGAGAUGUUGAAAAGUUUGCAACAAAGAUGCUGCUUUCUGCUGUAGAACAUGAAGUUUCAGAUACGGGUCUUUUGCAACCUGGACCUGGACCUACUGAACAUAGAGCUGAGGCAGAGGUUGAAGGCCCUGAAAUAAGUACUUCCGAGGUUUCAGAGUCUACAAUUUCUGAAGAUGAAUCUGCUAGAAGGGCUAAACCAUUGAUUCAAAAUGUUCCAUCUAUAUCAUUUUCUGAAGCUCAACGUCUCAUUUCUUUGUUUUUUGCCUUAUGUACUAAGAAACCCGGUCUUCUUCAGAUUGUAUUUAAUGUGUACGGGCAAGCCCCGAAAAUUGUUAAACAGGCUUUUCAUCGCCACAUUCCUAUUGUUGUCAGGGCACUUGGGCAAUCUUAUUCUGAACUGCUCCGUAUCAUAUCUGAUCCACCUCAAGGAAGUGAAAAUCUUCUGACACUGGUACUGCAAAUAUUGACUCAGGACACGUCGCCAUCUUCUGAUUUAAUAUCUACGGUUAAACGUUUGUAUGAAACAAAAUUUAGAGAUGUUACAAUUCUUGUUCCAUUAUUGUCUUCGCUUUCCAAACAGGAGGUUUUACCAAUAUUCCCAAGGCUUGUUGGUCUUCCAUUGGAAAAGUUUCAAAGAGCACUUGCUCACAUACUACAGGGUUCAGCUCAUACAGGUCCAGCUUUAACUCCUGUAGAAGUGUUGGUUGCAAUGCAUGGAAUUGUUCCGGAGAAGGAUGGCCUUGCACUUAAGAAGAUAACAGAUGCUUGCUCGGCUUGUUUUGAGCAACGUACUGUGUUCACACAACAGGUUCUAGCAAAGGCAUUGAACCAAAUGGUUGAUCAAACUCCUCUGCCUCUACUUUUCAUGAGAACAGUUAUUCAGGCAAUUGAUGCUUUUCCUGCACUGGUUGAUUUUGUUAUGGAGAUACUCUCAAAACUUGUGACAAGACAGGUGUGGCGUAUGCCUAAACUUUGGGUUGGUUUCUUAAAAUGUGUAUAUCAGACACAGCCACGUUCUUUUCAUGUUCUAUUGCAGUUGCCACCUCAACAACUUGAAAGUGCACUCAACAGGCAUGCUAAUCUCAGAGGUCCCCUUGCUUCAUAUGCCAGUCAACCAACUAUAAAAUCAACACUUAGUAGAUCAAUUUUAGCAGUUCUUGGUCUUGCAAAUGAAACUCAUGUGCAGCAAAAUUUGUCAACUUCGUUGCACCCUUCUGACACAAGUUCAUCAGUUCAUGGAGCAACACUUACGUGAUGGUUAAGUUACUGACUACAGGAAAUUAGUAACUGGGCCAAUUGAUAAUUGUUGUCGAUAAGAUUGAUCGACUUCUGGAUUUCUUGGCAUCCAAAGAUGCAGAGAAACAAAUUUAUACGGCGUCUUGGAGCCCCAAAUGCAGCCUUUUCAGAGUCUGUGACCAUCCCGACAUUGGGGCAUGCACCCGAUCAUAUCUUAGUUUCCAUGAAAUCCACCGCGCCUUCUAGGAAAUGUAUCAUAGUUUUCUUUUUGUGUUUAUUUUAUUUUUUUCAUUGUAAUAUUAUUCAUUCAAUUUUGAUGUUAUAUUCCUGCCUUUUCUGGGGUAAGAACUAUGGACUAUCCUCGUGUAUGUGAUUGCAUAGUCAUCACCAUAGUCCUCUCCAGACGCUAUGAUAAUGCUAAAAAUGAAAUCAUGUCUCUGAAACCCCUUUUCUACCGUCCAUUCCUCGCUUCGGGAAGACUUCCUAAAGAGAAAAUUAUACCAUGGACUAGUCAGAUCAGAUUAUUCCAAAAUUCAAACACUAAACAUGUAGGCUUUCUAUAAAAAUACCAAAACUAUUUAUGUGAUGAUUAUACUAAGGGUGAAAUUGUUGACACGUCAUUUUCAUGUGAUACA